AUGAACAGCUGUGGGGUCAAGUGCUACUGGAUUGACACUAAUUACGGAGUCAAAGGUCGUAGAAGUCGCAACUUAUCUUCAACUUUUUUACAAAGUAAAAGAGAGCUGUUCUUCAAGAAUGAGCUGCCGGCGGCCACUGGGACACCCAACUCCACACCCGCUCCGACAGCCCCGCCACCCGCCGUACCCAACACACCCAACAACCUUAAGGAGGCACUGGCCAAGCGAGCCGCCUCCACCGACAGAGUAACGACGCCGUCUGAGAACUCAGCGGACCCGGAGAGACUUACGAAGGCGGAGAGGGACAAGGCUGUGCCGGAGAGACGGACCAAGGAGCUCGACGGAUAUGUCGGUUUUGCCAACCUUCCCAACCAAGUCUACCGCAAAGCUGUCAAGAAAGGUUUUGACUUCACGCUCAUGGUGGUCGGUGAGUCCGGUCUCGGCAAGUCUACACUGAUUAACUCCAUGUUCCUGGCAGACAUUUACAGCGAAGCACAUCCCGGCCCUUCACUCAGAGUCAAGAAAACCGUUCAGGUGGAGACCAACAAAGUGGUGUUGAAGGAGAACGGAGUCAACCUCAGUUUGACAGUUGUCGACACUCCAGGGUUCGGUGACGCAGUCGACAAUUCCAACUGUUGGCAACCUGUCAUCAACUACAUCGAAUCCAGAUAUGAGGAGUACCUGAACGCAGAGUCUCGUGUGAACCGCAAGCCUCACCAACCAGACACCAGGGUGCACUGCUGUCUGUACUUUGUGGCUCCGUCAGGUCACGGGCUCAAGCCCCUCGACGUGGAGUUCAUGCAAAGACUCCACGAGAAGGUCAACAUCAUCCCUGUCAUAGCGAAGGCUGACACCAUGACGCCCGACGAGUGUGCGCACUUCAAGAAACAGAUCCUGAACGAGAUUGCUCAACACAAGAUCAAGAUUUACGAGUUCCCAGAGACAGAAGACGAUGAAGAGUCCAAGCUACACAAGGCAUUGCGCGACCGCGUCCCAUUCGCUGUGGUCGGCUCAAAUACAGUCAUAGAGAUGGACGGCAAGAAACUGCGCGGCAGGAGAUACCCUUGGGGAAUCGUGGAAGUGGAGAACCUAGAACACUGUGACUUCAUCGCACUGCGUAACAUGUUGAUACGCACACACCUACAGGACCUCAAGGACGUCACCAACAACGUUCACUACGAGAACUUCCGCUGCAUCAGCCUGGCCGGCCACGGACCCGACGGAAAACCUUCCCGCAUCUCCAACAAUUUGUGCUCUCAAGGACUGAACAACACAUUCAUGACUGUUUGGAACCCAUUGGCUCAGAUGGAGGAGGAGAAGAGAGAACAUGACACUAAGCUGAAGAAGAUGGAGCAAGAAAUGGAGCAAGUGUUUGAGAUGAAGGUCAAGGAGAAGAAGCAGAAGUUAAAGGACUCUGAGAUUGACUUGCAAAGGAGGCACGACCAGAUGCGUAAACAGCUGGAGGCCCAACAGUCAGAGCUGGAGGAGAAGAGGAAGGCGCUGGAGGCUGAGAUUUCUGCUUGGGAGACACAGAACGGAGUCAGCCUAGAGGAGCUGCGCAGGCGCAGUCUAGAGAGAGAGUUCCCCGAGCGUGUGUUGAGUGCAGCAGUCGCUCGGCGUCACUCGUUUCAACACCGCAGCGAGUGCAAGCAGCAGUAACUCUUCCUGCCCUCAAACUGUGUGCCUCCACGAAGCUGUGCUUGAACCUAUCUGUGUUAUUGUAGACUGGCUUGUGGCAUUGAUUAUAAAUAAUAUGUCAUUUUACUGUGAAAACUGAUCGGAAUAAGCUUCUGGAUCAAAUCUUGGCUUUGGUUUAAAUUUGAUUACUAAAUGGUUGGGAAUGGUUUCGCUUUUCUUAUCAUGUAAGCAUUUUGGGAAUCAAACUUGUCUCUUGCGUUUAAGUUGAUCUAAGACAAAACUUGGGUGUUCUUU